GGUUUGCAAGUCGAGGCUGUGUAGCGCAGGAGCGCGGUAACACCCUGCCGUUCCUCCGGGGCUGGCGGGCUCAACGGCGAGACCGGCGUGUAUCCGGAAACAAAUAAGGACAAAUUACAAGCGCACGCAGCGGCUGGAUCGAGCCGCCCAGCCCGUUCUCCGAGACCCGCUGCCAAGCCAAGACACGUCGCUCUGCAUUUACAGUGCGUGGUAUCAAACCGGGGCUGACCUGCCAGUCCCCCAAACACAAGCCGCUUAAGCGCUUGAUUCAUUUGAUCUUUUUAAAGAGAGGAGUCCCGUUGCAGGAUUCCCUCUGGCCAGAUCCGGCUUAAAUUAACAGGCCUGCCCGGAUGCGUGUCAUUUUUUCUGCCCUCAUUUCUUUCAAACGCGCGCUGCCCUCUGCCUCCCUGCUCGCUUUCACCCGUGGCGUGAAACUGGAGACAGCAAGCUGAUUUCUUCCAAGAAACAGCCCGCUGCGUCCGUGCGGUGGGGGAAUGGAGGGCAGCCGGGGGACGGCAACAUAGAUGCGAGAGCACACGCAUGUACACAUAGACUGUAUACGUGUGCCUGUGCAUUUCAAACGCGCUAGCAAUGUGCGUGGGUGGGAUUCCCUUGUUUGAUCCCAAAUGAAGUGGAAAUCCUCGGGGAUCUAGCGCGACGAGGUCUGAGGCAUUAAAAUGGAGAACUAGCCCGCGCCAGGCUGGUUUGCUCGAUCAACCCGUGCUUCCUAAAAGCCGGGAAAGACGCGGAAAAUAAGAAGGGGGAAGUAAAGUCUUUCCAGUUUAUUCUGUGUUGCGCUGGAGAGUUUCGAAUCUCUUCGACGCCAGGACGCCGGGAGAGGACAACGGAGGAAGAUCAAAUUAUCACAAGCUCCUCUGAAUCAAACCCCCCCCAGCUGCCGGGUUUCUCUGCGUCUUUUUUUUUUUUUUAAGAAAUCGCUGUCACCAAAGUGUUGUCUAUCUGUGAUGACAGAGGACUGGACGGUUCCCUGCGUUAUCCUUCAUUAUUAUCACAGCUAACCAAGCAAAACGGGAAUUACCCAAAGGGUACGGAGAUCAUUUUUCGAGACUAUACGGAAGAAGGGGCUGUUCGCGACGCUUAGUACCUAAAGGGCAUACCUUGUGGUCUGUUCGUUUCUCCUUUUCAGGUGCUAUGUGCUUUAGUAGGACAUUUGCUCUGGAAGUACAGAUCUGGGUUGUGGCUUUUUUACCGCCUCUUCUGUGGACCGGUUUGGAAUUAAGGUGCGGUUUUCAAUUUAACCUUAUGCGGGUAACGGAGAUUUUUUUUUCUAAUAGCGCUCUGCAGUUUCUUUAAUUUCCACUGAGAAGUUUUUGUUUCCCGAGCACACUCUUCUUUAUUUUCUUUUUGUUUCUUCUUUGGAUACUUAAUUUGUGAGGCGCUACUCCUUCACCUAUUUGGUUUCCUCGGAGGUACAGACUGUCAUUAUACACAAGACACCCAAACGGAUCCUUUUGCAUUCAUAGUCGACCGCUCCUUACGACAAGGUGAUGAUAUUUGGAGAUUUUGAGGAAAUUUACCCACGAGACCAGACUGGACCGCGCCGUAUUAAGCAAAUUAAUGGUCCUUCUCAAAGUCGACAGUGGGGCUGGCGUUGAGGCAGAGACAGAAAGGAACUCAGAAAUACUGGUGGUACAGUUCACAGAACGUCUACCAGUCCAUUCCCAGAGCUCUGUUCAGAGUGAGGCUGACAUGCCAGUGUGAAAUGAACUGUAGAAGUCCCAGCCUGCAUUCUGGAACAGUAAGCUGAUAUACCAUGGAAAGGCUUGUCUUCUGUAUGCUGGUGUUCGGAGUGUUGGUGAAGGCACAUAACUGUCCCGGCCGCUGCAUCUGCCAGAAUAUCUCCCCCACUCUGACCUUACUCUGUGCCAAAACGGGGCUCCUGUUUGUGCCCCCCACGAUCGACCGCAAAACAGUGGAGCUGCGGCUGACAGACAACUUUAUCACCGUCAUCCGCAGGAAAGACUUCUUUAACAUGACUAGCCUGGUGCACCUCACCCUGUCCAGAAACACCAUCAGCCAAAUUAUGCCCCAUGCCUUUAUGGGCCUCAGAUCCCUGCGUGCCUUGCACAUGGAUGGCAACCGCUUGAGCACCAUCAAGAACGAUCACUUCAAGGGUCUCAUCAACCUCCGCCACCUCAUCCUGGGGAACAAUCAAAUCCACCACGUGGCACCUGCUUCGUUUGAUGAGUUCCUGGGCACGAUUGAAGACCUGGACCUGUCCUACAAUAACCUGCAGACUCUGCCUUGGGAGGCCAUUGCCAGGAUGACCAACAUCAACACGCUCACGUUAGACCACAACCUCAUCGACCACAUAGAGGCUGGGACGUUCACCCUGCUCAGCAAGCUGGUGCGCCUGGACAUGACCUCCAACAGGCUCCGGAAGCUGCCUCCAGACAGUCUGUUCCAGAACGCUCAAGUCCUGACAGACGCUAAGGGCUCCAACCCUUCCUCGCUGGCGGUGAGCUUUGGGGGAAACCCCCUGCACUGCAAUUGUGAGCUUCUGUGGCUACGCAGGCUCACUAGGGAGGAUGACUUGGAGACAUGUGCUUCCCCCGAGCACCUCAUGGACAAGUACUUCUGGUCUAUCCAGGAGGAGGAGUUUAUCUGCGAAGCUCCUCUGAUCACCAAGCACUAUGCCUCCAAGCCCUUUGUUACAGAGGGCCAGGGGGUGAUGCUGAAGUGCAAAGCGGUGGGGGAUCCUGACCCUACCAUCCACUGGCGCUUCCCAGAUGGCAAACUUGUCCACAACAACUCCAGGACCAUCCUUUAUGAUAAUGGCACCCUGGACAUCCUGAUCACCACCCUGAAGGACAGUGGGCACUUCAAUUGUGUGGCAUCCAAUGCUGCAGGGAUAGCCACUGCCUCCGUGGAGGUCAAAAUGGUGCCUCUCCCCCUCUUCGUCAACAACACCAGCCACAUGAAGGAGCCCGAUCCCGGCUUGUCCGAUAUCACCACCUCCUCCAAGUCCUCCAAUGACACCAAGAACCAGGACAAGAGAGUGGUAGCUGCUGAGCUGACUUCAUCUUCCGCUGUCAUCCGGUGGCCCUCUGAGCGCCACAUUCCUGGUAUCCGCAUGUACCAGAUCCAGUACAACAGCUCCUCUGAUGAUACGUUGGUGUACAGGAUGAUCCCGCCAACCAACAAGACAUUCCUAGUGAAUGACUUGGCGGCAGGCCGGGAGUACGACCUGUGUGUGCUGGCGGUCUACGACGAUGGGAUCACCUCCCUGACGGCCACCAGGGUCGUGGGCUGCGUGCAGUUCAGCACCACCAGCGAGACCAGCCAGUGUCGCUUCAUCCACAGCCAGUUCCUGGGAGGGACCAUGAUCAUCAUCAUAGGGGGCAUCAUCGUGGCCUCCGUGCUGGUCUUCAUCAUCAUCCUCAUGAUCCGUUACAAGGUCUACAGCAACCAGGAUGACCACUGCAAAGCCAAGGUCAGCAACGUCUGCUCACAAACCAAUGGCAGCCAGAGUGCCAUACAGCGUUCGGCCUCCAAGCAGGCGGAGGACAGCCACGAGCUGUGUGCCAAGGAGGCCAAAGAGUGCAAGAUGUUGGUGCUAAAGGUGGACUGCGAGACGCGCGAAGGCCCCCAAGCAACUACGGCCACCCUGGAGGUGGAGCUGCCUCCUCUCCCCGCCGACCAGAAGAAGCGGCGCACCAGCCUGGACGUGCAGCACUCCACAGCGGCCGUGCUGUCUUCAGAGGAGGCUCACACAGACAGCAGCCAGAUGGGCUCCACCAUGUCCCUCUGCCUGAUCGGCCCCAACGCGGGGAGCAAGGAGGCCCCCCGGAUCAGGGACAGAAAGGGUGCGCUGGCCAACAUGGGCCUCCUCCCCGGAGACAUUGCAAGAACUCGGCACAGGUUCUCCUUCGACGGGGACUACUCCCUGUUUCAGAGUCACAGUUACCCCCGGAGGGCACGGACGAGGAGACACAUGUCCUCCACCCAGCUAAACGUGGACUCCUCGCCCCUGGCCAACCGCAGGGUGACCUUCAGCAGCACAGAGUGGAUGUUGGAGAGCACAGUUUGAAGGCCCCCCCCAAUAAUCCAGCUCCUUCUGGUCAGUGGAGGAGGCUCACAGGCCAAUGCCAACUCAUCAUGCAGCGGUGCCUUAUUCACACAGAUGUACCAAUGGGGAUGCUGCUAAGUUUGGUCUACUUGUUCCUUUUCACAUGAGUUCUGGGGAUUUUGUUUCUCUUUGUACAACCACAACCAAAGGCUUGUGGUGAACGGAAAUGACUGUUUCCCCUUUUAUGUAUGGAAAAAACACACACACACGCACAAAGUACCCAAGCUGCACCCGGUGAGCAUAAUGAAAUUGUGAUCCCCCCUGUGAAAUUCUUUCUGGACCCAUGCACAGAAGACACGACAUACCAAGGACAAGUAUUGCACCAGUCUAGACAAAAAAAGAGAGUAAAUCAUUCUACUAAUUCGAUACACAUACCGACACAAAUCUAUUUUAGAAAAGGAGAGAAGGAUUAUGAAAAACGCUGGACAUUGCGUUCUCAACUGCUACUGUAAGAUACCGAUGGAUCUUGUAUCUGGCUGGUCUAGAUAAAAAAAAAACAACAAAAAAAUCUAUAUAUAAAAAUAUCUGUGUAUGUGUAUUAAAUAUAUAUAUAAG